AUGACGACCUGCGGCUUCCAGCUCUUCUUUGGUAAAGUCUACUCCUCCUAUUCCCACAAAUGGGUCUUCCUAUACGCAUUCGCCUUGUUUAAGAUCGGCCCCUUACUAUGCGGCGCCGCCAACAGCUCGGCCAUGUUCAUCAUCGGGCGAGCAAUUGCUGGAGCUGGAGGCGCUGGCAUCCUUUCGGGAGCAUUCAUCAUCAUUUCGGAGGCAGUCUCGCUCGAGAGAAGAGCAAACUUCUCAGCUUUGAUCUGGGCUAUGUAUGGCCUUGCAUCAUGCUCGGGACCUCUGGUCGGCGGUGUCUUCACAGAACGAGUGACGUGGAGAUGGUGCUUCUAUCUGAAUUUGCCAGUCGGAGCGCUGACUGCUGUCGUUGUAAUCUUCUUUCUGGAGAGCUAUCGGCCUUCGACAUCCGUGCGGAGCUUGUCAUUGCGGAAGAAACUGCUGGACUUGGAUCCGCUCGGCAGCACAUUGUUCAUCAGCGCCGUGAUCUGUCUCUUGCUCGCAUUACAGUAUGCUGGCACCACAUGGGCUUGGGAUAGCGGCCGGAUCGUCGCUCUUCUGAUGCUCUUCGGCUUCCUUCUGAUCCUGUUCGGGUUUCUCCAAGCCAGUCUUGGUGAUAAUGCAACCUGGCCCAAACAGGUUGCGACCCAGCGGAGCAUGUUCUUCGGCUCCAUUUUCUCCUUCUGCAUGGGCGCUAGCUACUUGAUCUUCGCCUUCUAUAUACCAUACUAUCUGCAAGGCAUCAAGAACCUCAACCCACUCCUCGCCGGUGUUGGCGUCCUUCCUCUCAUCCUCGGUCAAGUUGGUGCGAACCUACUCGGUGGAGUCCUCGUUACGCGAAUCGGCUACUACGUCCCGUUCAUGUGGCUUUCAGUCGUUUUCAUGGCUGUUGGCUCGGGCCUCCUCACGACUUUGACUCGAGAUUCCAGCCUAGGCAAAUGGGUCGGCUACCAAAUCAUUGACGGCGUCGGGAUCGGCUUCGGAUGGCAGCAAGGUGCCUUGGCAGCUCAGACUGUUCUCGAUGCUGUCGAUGUGCCGGUUGGGACGGCCAUUGCUGUAUUCAUGCUUCUUUUUGGUGGAGCGGUCUUCGUGUCUGUGGCGAAUAGUGUGUUCACGAAUAGUCUUGUGAGGGAAUUGACGGCUGCAAGGAUCGUAGGGAUCGACCCUGCGACCGUUGUACAUUUGGGUGCAACGCAACUGAGGCAGAUGGUAAGUGGAGCAGAGCUUGAGGCCGUGCUGGAUGGGUACAUGGCUGCUUUGACGGAUGUCUACCGGGUCGCUUUAAUCUUGGCGUGCAUAUCUGCCGUUGGUGUAGUGGGUAUGGAGUGGAUUGAUGUGCGAAAGAAGGGAGUGAAGGUUGCUGGUGGUGCUGCUUGA